AUGCCCAAGAGCUAUUCUCAAUUUCAACCUACUGAUGCCGGACCAGAAGCCAUAGAAAGCCAUGUUUUUGACCAUAGUUCAAAACGCCGACCUGACCGAAAUUUUGAUGGGUUGGAACUAACAUCCUCUGACGAUGAGUCUCAUAUCGCCAAUGUACUGUCUAAGCUGUCUCACGAAAUUCAGCUGUUAACGUCUACGCUCGGAUCGACCUUGGGCACGUUACCGAACUCCUCCAUUCAUCUAAGGCAUGCCGAAAAUGAGGAGGAGCAUAACGAUGCCCGGCCACGCAAGCGAGCAAGGCGGCUUGAUGAGAACACUCAACCUGUCCCAUCAGAAACCGUUCUUAUGUCUAGGGAGAAAUUCCAGUAUGGUGAAGAAAAGUAUCCUACUCCUCCGUCUAUUGCGUGCCUCAACGACCUUUUAGCUGUAUAUUUUACAUAUAUGCAGCCAUGGCUUCCUAUCGUACAUGAGGCCGCAUUUAGACGCAAGAUCUCGACGCCCGAAGGACAGCAACAGAUGUCUCUGGUGCUUCAUGCCAUGGUUUUCGCAGCUCUGAGAUUCGUGAAAACAGAAGAUGGGCAGUCUCUGGACGCGACAUACGUCAGAGCCGAGACCACAAAGUCAAGGAAUAUUGUGCGCUUAGGCGCAAUGGAAGAAUUGUCGGUAGAAAAUCUGCAAGCCCUCGCCAUUCUCGCUUUCACAGAGAUUGGUAAUGGUGCCGCGCACAAGGCAUGGCCAGUGAUCGGAUCUUUAACUAGAACGGUAGAGUACCUGCAAUUGACAGUUGAGUUAGAGGAUCUCGAGAAGCGUAACGGUCUAUUACGUUCCGCGUGUGAAUUGCGUGACCCAGUGAACUGGGUCGAGGAGGAAGAGAGACGACGCGUCUUCUGGAACAUCUUCAUUCUUGAUAGAUUUUGUUCAGUGACAACCGGAUCGAAUACCAGUCUCACGAGUGCUGAUGUCAGUCGCAGACUGCCAAUAUGUGGCGGCCACUGGUAUCGAGAAACACCAGCUGUCACGCCAUAUUUUGGGAUCUGGGACCGAUCUGUGGCCGGUAUCAACAAGUCAAUCACUUUUCUCCCUGCCCAUCACUGGCACACGUCACCGUCAACAAAUAUUGAUAUUACUGAGGCUGCCUCGGCCUCGCCAACAGUUCCCCGUCCAGUAACAAGCUCGGAAACGGUUGAUAUGUCAACCGUUGGAGCGUUUGCCUACUUUGUAGAGUCUAUGGAGUCUCUCAGUCGGGUGGUGGCAUAUUUUCUCCAUCAGAAGAUCAACUUUGAUAACAGGCAAGAAGUCUCCAGUUGGCUUGUGCGAUUCAAAGAGCUUGAUCUUCGUCUGGUUCACUGGAAGAUGUUUCUGCCACAGCAGUGGAAGGAUUCUGGCGUGUCUCGCCGGGAUUUUCCUGGUGUCAUGGACCCAAACAUGACGGUUGCACAUGCCACACACAAUGCUUCAAUGAUCCUUUUACAUCAGAGUAUCGCAUAUCCCGGGCUUAAAUUGCAGGGUAUCAAUCUGCCAAGUUCGUACAGUGCCGACACCUGUCAGCAUGCCGCCAUUGAAACAGCCAACAUUACCUCCAAGUAUCUCGAGACUACUUCCAGAUGUUUUCCAGUGUCUCCACAGCUCGGAUUUUCUGCUUUUGUGGGCGGACGUGUCUUGUUGUGUGAGUAA